UGUGGGAGCAUCCAGGAGUCCAGUCAGUCACUCAGACAGCCUCACGUUUCCGCACCGCUCAGGAGUGAAUAAUUGAUCUUUACCUCGGUUAAAUCUAUUCCCGAGGAGGAAGUAAUUUGUGAACUGAUCGCUUUGUCACUUUUUUUCGGAUUUACAAUCUUUGGUCGAAGGCGUUUCUUGUCUUUUUUUCCGCUCGGCUGUAGAAAAGUUUGCUUUGAGACCAAACACAGCUGGAGUCGGCAGAUGGGAAGAAGCUCCGAGUGAUCACCGAGCCCACCUUUUUCCGGAGCUCUCCCAACAUGGACCCGGAGUCACUGAGGAGGUGAAGACUGCUGGUGUUAAAUGCUCACUGCGAGGCUUCCUGCACACAGCGACUGCUCAUAAAAAGUGCUGUUAGUUCAGUGACUGUGUGAAGCGUUCACAGACUGUUUACCAUGGCGUCCAGUCUGACAUGUACGGGUGUUAUCUGGGCCCUGCUGUCCCUGCUGUGCGCUGCCGCCUCCUGCGUCGGCUUCUUCAUGCCCUACUGGCUGCUGGGGACACAGAUGGACAAGCCUGUGUCCUUUGGCACCUUCAGGCGCUGCUCCUACCCGGUGAGAGACGAGGAGAGGCAGGCCACGGUGAUGCUGGAGCAGUGUGGGCGCUACGCCUCCUUCCACGGCAUCCCCAGUCUGGAGUGGAGGAUCUGCACGGUGGUGACAGGCGUCGGGUGUGGCCUCCUCCUGCUGGUGGCGCUCACAGCUCUCAUGGGCUGCUGCAUCUCUGACCUCAUCUCACGCACAAUCGGGCGUGUGGCCGGAGGCAUCCAGUUUGUAGGAGGUCUGCUCAUAGGAUCUGGCUGCGCGCUCUAUCCUCUGGGAUGGGACAGCGAGGAAGUACAGCAGACGUGCAACAACAGCUCGGACCAGUUUCAGCUCGGUUCCUGUCAGAUCGGCUGGGCAUAUUACUGCACCGGGGCCGGGGCUGCGGUUGCCAUGCUGCUGUGCACCUGGCUGUCCUGUUUUGCAGGGAAGAAGCAGAAGCAGUACCCGUACUGAAGGGAGCAUCAGGGAGACGGUGGGACGGGCAGAGGCCUCGGGGAGGUACGACACUACAGGGGAGAGGACUCUGACUGAGUGGACUUUAACCAGUACAGCACAUCAGGCACCAAAGACAGCAAGUCGCUCUGGUGCUCUGCACAUCAUGGACACUACUCAUCAGACAACUGCAGGGACUGUUUCAUUAUGCAGCACACACAAGGCUUUGAAAACUGGGUCUUCUCUUAUGAGCUGUUCUUAAAUGAAAAAUGUAUGGACCAAUCCUAUUUGUAAAAAUUGUUACAUGAAUAUUUCUUUAUUAACUAAAAGACUAUUCUCUUUUUUGUCUUCCUCCUCUUCAGACAUUGAUGUUUAUGUGAUAGUGUUCCCUGUGAUGAAGAGAAAAGUAAUAUUGCUUCAUUGUAACGUGAAGUGUUUCCGUCUCCUCUUCAUGUCCCAUCCUUGCCUUAAAUACAAACUGAAAUGCAAUAAUCCCUAAAGCAAUCCAACACUGGCUGCCUGCUUCCUUGACUCAGCCUUUUCACACCCAAAAGAAUCUAAGCAGAGUUUAUUUAACACAUUCAUAAGAUAUAUGUUGUGUAUGAUAAUGUAUUUUAUCAUAUUAGCACAUGUUUUGUA